AUGAGCAAUCCCGAAGCAAUCACCGGGCAAGACGAGACCGGCCAAGACGGGCCCUUCGCCGAACUGCUGGGCAUACGGCCCGGCAUAUCCGCCGAUGGCGUGGGCACGGCGUUCAUGACCGUGGCGGACAAACACCGUCAACGCGCCGGCGUCGUCCAGGGCGGCAUCCUGGUGGCGUUGGCAGACUACGCGUUCUUCCGCGCCUGCCGCUCCGUCCUCGGGGAGGGUGAGCACGCCGUCACCAUCGAAUUGAAACUGAACUUCAUCGCGCCGGCCGGUGAUGGCGAGUUGACCGCCCGCAGCUCCAUCAAGAGUCGCGGAGGCCGCAUCAUCGUCGGCGACAUGGAAAUUCACGGAGAGGAAGGCCAGCUGAUUGCCACCGGGAUUGGGACCUAUAUGACGGUUUACGACCGUCACCGGCGGCAGGCGGAGGCGAAUACCUGA